GUUCAAGACUACUUUUACGGUGAUAUUACACACUUGUGAGUGAAAAUGCCUCCAAGACGCAACAUGCCUACCAGUAGCAACGAGAACGUCUCUGCAAUUGAUCGUAUGGCCCAAGCGAUGGAGCGAAUGGCUGAGUUCAUGAUGGCUCAGCAAACCCAGAACCAGAACCAAGGACAACCACGAGUCGAUUAUGCGAAGGCGAUAGCAAGCCGACAACCACCACACUAUGCGGGAGAAAAAGAUCCGGUUAUUUUAGAGGAGUGGAUCCGGACGUUUGACAAACUGCUCAACGCAGUGGAUUGCCCUGCAAAUCAACGAGUACCUUCCGCGGUCUAUUAUUUAACGAAAGCUGCAGACAACUGGUGGACAUCAGAAGGACCUGAUCUUCUACAAGACCCAGAGUUUGGUUGGGAAGAAUUCAAGGAGGAACUGAGGGGACAGUUCUACACCGAGCGUAUUAGAGGGAUUAAAUGCGAGGAAUUUCUACGGCUAAAACAGAAGGGAGCAACAAUCGAAGAAUAUCAUGACCAGUACGUGGAACUAAUGCGUUUCGCUCAGGAGAUUGUACCUAAUGAAGCAAGUAAGGCACGAAGGUUUGUUCGAGGAUUGGACUGGGAUGUAAGGAGGGCGAGUAUAAACACAGGACUGACAAUGAUUGAUCCCUAA